AUGCACUCUUUGUCGGUUGAUGAGGUUUUAUUAGAGCCUUAUAAUUAUCUUAUAGCUAAUCCUGGAAAAGACAUUAGGGGCAAGUUGAUCGAUGCUUUCGAUCAUUGGCUUCAAGUGCCCAAAGACAAGUUGUCUACUAUUACCACUGUUGUUGAAAUGUUGCACACUGCCAAAGACGAUUCGGUUUUACGCCGUGGUGUUCCUGCUGAACUAAUAAACUUGCAUCGCGGUCAAGGAAUGGAAUUACAUUGGAGAGAUACAUUGACAUGCCCUUCAGAAGCUGAAUUCAUUGAAAUGCAUACAACUUCUAUUGAUUUAAAACAAUAUGCUAUCAAUAUAAUGAAUGAUACCGGUUCUUUUGAAUAUACUCGUAAUUAUUUGGCAAAAACUGAAAACUCGGUUCAUGAAAAAAUUAAAACACUUGGCGGAAAUCCUUUAUUGGAAAACAUCAUAGACCUUUUAAGUAUUAAAGAUAAUUUGUAA